AUGCCUGCCCCACAGCCACUCCUGCCUCUGCUCUUUGCCUUCGUGCUCAUCCAUCUGACCUCGGAGACCAACCUGCUGCCAGAGCCUGGAAGCCAUCCUGGCAUGUGCCCCAACCAGCUCAGCCCCCACCUGUGGGUCGACGCCCAGAGCACCUGUGAGCGUGAGUGUACCAGGGACCAGGACUGUGCGGCAUCUGAGAAGUGCUGCACCAAUGUGUGUGGGCUGCAGAGCUGUGUGGCUGCCCGCUUCCCCAGUGGCGGCCCAGCUACACCUGAGACAGCAGCCUCCUGCGAAGACUUCCAAUGCCCACAACAGGGUUCCAACUGUGACAUCUGGGAUGGGCAGCCGGUUUGUCGCUGCCGUGACCGCUGUGAAAAAGAGCCCAGCUUCACUUGCGCUUCUGAUGGCCUCACCUAUUACAACCGCUGCUAUAUGGACGCAGAAGCCUGCCUGCGAGGUCUCCACCUGCAUGUCGUACCCUGUAAACACAUUCUCAGUUGGCCACCCAGCAGCCCCGGACCACCUGAGACCACUGCUCGCCCAACCCCUGGGGCUGCUCCCAUGCCACCUGCCCUAUACAACAGCCCCUCACCACAAGCCGUGCAUGUGGGGGGAACAGCCAGCCUCCACUGUGACGUUAGUGGCCGUCCACCACCUGCCGUGACAUGGGAGAAGCAGAGCCAUCAGCGGGAGAACCUGAUCAUGCGCCCCGACCAAAUGUACGGCAACGUGGUUGUCACCAGCAUUGGACAGCUAGUGCUCUACAAUGCUCAGCUGGAGGAUGCAGGCCUGUACACCUGCACCGCACGGAAUGCUGCUGGCCUGCUGCGGGCUGACUUUCCCCUUUCGGUUUUGCAGCGGGCAACUACUCAGGACAGGGACCCAGGUGUCCUGGCCCUGGCUGAGUGCCAGCCCGACACACAAGCCUGUGUUGGCCCACCUACCCCCCAUCAUGUCCUUUGGCGCUUUGACCCGCAACGAGGCAGCUGCAUGACAUUCCCAGCCCUCAAAUGCGAUGGGGCUGCCCGGGGCUUUGAGACCUAUGAGGCAUGCCAACAGGCCUGUGUCCGUGGCCCUGGGGAUGUCUGUGCGCUGCCUCCAGUCCAGGGCCCCUGCCAGGGCUGGGAGCCACGCUGGGCCUACAGCCCACUGCUGCAGCAGUGCCACCCCUUUAUAUACAGUGGCUGUGAGGGAAACAGCAAUAACUUUGAGAGCAGGGAGAGCUGUGAGGAUGCUUGCCCUGUACCACGCACACCACCCUGCCGUGCCUGCCGUCUCAAGAGCAAGCUGGCCCUGAGCUUGUGCCGCAGUGACUUUGCCAUUGUGGGCAGACUCACAGAAGUACUGGAGGAACCCGAGGCUGCAGGCGGCAUUGCUCGUGUGGCCUUAGAUGACGUGCUAAAGGAUGACAAGAUGGGCCUCAAGUUCUUAGGCACCAAAUACCUGGAGGUGACACUAAGUGGCAUGGACUGGGCCUGCCCAUGCCCCAAUGUGACAGUUGGCGAUGGGCCACUGGUCAUCAUGGGUGAGGUUCGUGAAGGUGUGGCUGUGUUGGACGCCAACAGCUACGUCCGUGCUGCCAGUGAGAAGCGAGUCAAGAAGAUUGUAGAACUGCUUGAGAAGAAGGCUUGUGAACUGCUCAACCGCUUCCAAGACUAG